AUGUGGCAGCCCGAUGUAAAUUUUGGUCAACCGUAUGGUGAUUUAGCGGAGCCGAUGGAGCACGCGCAGCCGAUGAUGCCCUAUCAUCAUCAACACAAUUACCCUAAUAUGGUAGCUGCGAUGCCGGAGCAACAUUUCCGUUAUAUGGGUAUAUCUCAUCAGAUGAUGCAUCAUCAAGAAGAUCACGACGUGGAUGCAAUAUACUAUCAUACCCCAGAGCCCGUCGAGUUUAGUGAGGUCUACACUUCCGCUACGCCCUCACCAGAGGAAAUCAUCAUCACCCCAGUGCCAGAGCCAUUUCAUGAUUACGCACGACAGACUCAUGCUCAACCCAGUUGUUCCCAGGAAAUUGACGUCGGCAUGCCACAGUCGCUCUUCGAUGAAAGGGUGUAUCUAAGAUCGCAUAAUCGUUAUGAUCGCAAGAAAAACGUCGUGAAGUUGGCGGCAAUGGAUUCGAAUCAGGGAGAAUUACAGAUAGCGGGCCCGAAAGGCGAUUACGAUGACCUCAACGAAAACCCCGACGACUAUUUCGAGAGUGGAGAUGAAUACGCCGGUGAUUCGGACGAAGAGCGGCCCUUCCGUAAGACGAUGCGGACGAAAUACACCUACGUAACGCACCAGAUCAAUGGUAUUCAACGAGUGCAGUACGUUCCACCAAAUUCGAAGGAGCUGAAUUCAGCUAUGAAACGCACGGGCCGGCCCAAGGCUAGUUUUCAACAGGAAAAGCUGAGAUGUAAUUAUUGUCAUCGUGAGGUUCUGCAACGCUCAAAUCAGAGGACCAGCAAGAUUACGAACGCCUUGACACAUGCAAAGAUGCAUGUGAAGCGACGGCAGUUCGAAUGUUCGAAAUGUCACUACCAGUCGAAUACUCAUAUUCAACGUCAUGUCGCAAAUAUACAUAACGGAGAAGCCAAUAUAAUAGAUCGAAUGGAUGAUGAUCUACGUUGCUGCUACCGUGAUAUGGCGAUAGAGUGUUUUCCGGAGCUCGAAAAUGAAGUACAAGCUUGGUUUAAAAUGUCUUCCGAUGGCCAGCGACCAGGUGGGCGAAAAUCGAAGAAUCGAAUCAAGCCCGGAGAUUCUGCCCGUUAC